CACUUCGUUGCCUCCUUAUUUCAUUGAUUACACUUUCAUUGUUGUUCGAAAAGGCUAGGAAAAACCCGUAAAAAUCACCACUACCGCCUCUCCCGCUCGGAAGUUGCAGAAAGGGCGCCAAAACCAUCCCCACCAACGAUCUGUGGUAGAAGACGGUCGCUUGUUUUCCUGUUCGGUGUUUAAAUUUGCGAGGUGUUCAGACUUGCGAUCUGCUCGAAAAUGUUUUGCAAGAUUAAAUUCCAGGACUAAAGAGAAACUCAGUUUGUGAAAACUGAGGAUUUGAUUGUGUUUGGGCGGAAUAAUACCUAUCCGAAAUUGGAGCCCCCAAACCCUAACGAUUUUAAGCCUCGCACUGAGUACGGGCUGAUUGAUGGGAACGUAAUUAAAAGAUGCCUCGUUUUGGCAAUAGCCGGUAAGUCAUUAAUCAUUUAUUAAGUUGCCCCAGUUGUACCUAUCGAUAGCGAAACGUGUUCUUCUUCGCCUCACUCACUAGAUAGUCUUUUAGUCCUGUAUGGUUCCCAUCAACGAGCAAUGCUCAACUCAGGCCAAUUUGACGUCAAUCUUUCGUCCAAAACGAAAUUUUGAUGCAAAAUUGUUCGUGUUUUGACGAAAUUUUUACCAAUUAAUUUCAAUUUGAUGCAAUUUUGUUUGAUGCAUUUGCUUGCUGGGUUAAGUAAGCUCCCAAAUUUUCAUUCAUUUUAAUUCGACAUUGCAGCUACCCUCGAGACUCUGCAACCUAUUGAGAUAAAGUCUAAGAAAGUUUCGUCAAAAAGGCCAGCAGUAGAGAGCCUAGCUGCAUUCAGUUUUAACACCAAGGUAAAGAGAAAUCCAAACAAGACCGAAGUGUAAGAGGGGCGGAGGCGACUGAUGAUCUGAUAUCUGGCAAGCUGAACAAAGCCAAUGCAAUAGCGAUGCAGGUUGGAUUGGAAGUGGCAGCUGAAGUUAUUGGAGCUCAAGUAUAUGGUAAUGUUGAAACUCCAGUGAAUGUUAACGGUGAUGACAAUUCCAAUGCUGACGACACGCAGAGUGACAAUAACGAUCCCAAAGCUGAUGAUACCCACAAUGACAAUAAAAAUUCCAAAGCUGAUGAUACGCAGAAUGACAAUAACAAUUCCAAAGCUGAUGAUACGCAGAAUGACAAAGCAGCCGACCAACCCCUUUUAAGCAACGUUCCUGGUGAAAUAUGGGGGCAAAAAAACACCCCUAACUGCAAAGUUUUAACUUCCCUGAGUGUUCCAGGUUUUCAAGGCUUUUCAGAGUUGUGGCAACCAUAA